UAUUUUUUAUCUAUAACGUUGUUUACGUGUCAAUUUAAUUGUCAAGUCAAAUCAAAAUCGCCAAUCGCCAUCACAACAAAAAUGCGAAGUAAAGUUUAGUUUUAGAUAAACGUAUGUAAAAAUCCACUGAUAUAAAAUUUACUAUGUUAUUGAUUGGAAACUGACAUUAAUCGAAAAUGGACUGGUUUGCCGAUCUUGCCGGGAAAGCAGAGAAUAUACUCACAAGUUUAGACGAGUCAACUGGUGCGGCAUUGCGAAACCACAACCCAGUAAAAGUGAAAAAAAUCGAUGGCAUCUCUAACACCGAACCAAUUUGGAAAAAGAACCCUAGUCCACCUCCUAGAGUUCCUCCAAAAAAAUAUACAGCAGCCUCGGAAACUAGGUCCAUAUAUAUGCCACCAAGGAAACCUUCACUGCCAUUUCAGCCAACUCAUUCAACAACAAAAGAAACUCCGGAGUUGAAAGAAAAGCCUUUUAAAAAGAAAUUACCGACUAGAAGAGUGCAACAUUAUACUCUCAACCAUUGCCCUAAGACCUUGGUAGGGGAUAUUAAGGGUUCUGAUGUAGAUGAUACUUAUGGUUUGAGGCAAAGGAGAUACCAUUCUAGUUUACCAGAGGAUUUAGACCUGAUAAAUACAGAGAGCUUCACAUAUAGGAUGCAAAAUUUGGAAGUUGAAAAUGCAAUGUUGAAAAAUGAACUCAAUGUAAUGAACAGAGAAGUUUCAGAACUGCUUGAGAAACUGCGCAAGGCUGAGGAUGGUAAUAGUGUAGUAAAUGGUAUCACAGAACAAAAGGAUACAAGCAGCAGAUUAGCGGAUGUGCAGAUAGUUAAACAUCAAUUGUGUGCAGAGAAAGAGAACUUAAGUUCCCAAUUGGCUCAGCUCAAGCUUAAGAUCCAAGAUGUUACCAUAACAGAGGUGACCAAGCUUAAGGACCAGAAUGCCCGACUGGAAAAAGAAGUGAAGCUACUGGAUGAUAGGAAUAAUGAGUUGGAGGAUAAAAUCAAGCGACUCACAGAAAAGAACCAUGAAAGAGAUCAAUCUCAAACAAAAGUUGAGAAUGACCUUCGCCACGCUCAAGCUACUAUCUCUGACCUUGAGAAUGACCUUGAGAGGUCCAAAGCCGAGUGUCUCCGACUGGAGAAAGACUGGGAGACUUAUAAACUAAGAGUCAAGAGUAUGCUUUAUGCUAAGGAUAGUGAGAUAAAGUCUUUGCAAGAAGGAUUGAAUUUGACUGAGGAUACAAAGGUUUUGAUUGAGCAGUUGGAAAGUUUGAAAGAAGAAAGGGAGGUAUUGUCAGAAUCGAUACUCCGAGUGCGUAACGAAUGCGACAAUAUGAAACAACACAUCGAUCAGUUAGAAUCGAGACACAAUUCUGCUGAGAGGGUCGUGUCUGCAUUGAGGGAGGCAUUGAGAGACGAACGAGCUGCCAGAAAUAGGACAGAGACGCAGUGCAUCGCUAUGGGGAAAGAGUUAAAAUCCAUCCAAAUCGAGACGGGCCAGACGAUAGCCAACCUUCGAACAGCGUUACGCGAGAAAGAGAACGAGAUAAUUCAACUAAGAGAGUCCGUCUCUGUCCCGACCACAGCUCCUAGCGCCCUCAAUGUGGGCGACUAUGACGUCAUGCAGGAGACCAUAGACAACGACAAGAUUCACUACCUGACGAACACGCUCGUGCAGAAACAAGAGAAGAUCGACUCGCUCCUGGCUGAUAAUAAUAUGCUCAAGAUUCAGUUAGAUAAACUACAGUCUAAAUACAAGGCAGAAGUACAACAAAACAAGCAGAGCGUGGUCAACGUGCAAGACACGGAGUACAGACGUACCCGCCCCCCCUCCGCCCUCUCCAAGCUGUCCCUCAGGAUGGGAGUGGCCCUGAAGAGGUACCCAGUGUUUAGCCUGUUCAUCUUGGUGUAUAUGAUUGGUCUACACUUCUGGGUGCUCACAGUUUUAUUGACGAGCUCACCAGAUGGCUACAUACAGAGAAAUAGCAAAUCGUGAAAAUACAGCUUUAAAAUAACAUAAAUAUAGCAAAUAUAUAUAUAUAUAUAUAUAUAUAUAUAUAUCUAGUAUUCAUAUAUUCUUAGAUUUAGGGGACCCGUUUAUUAGGCCAUGUUUAGAAUUUCUUUUACGAACCCUCCGAUAUCUAUUCAAUACUUUAAAAUCGCACUCAAACACAGUUAUUAGUUGAAAAUAAUGCUAUAUAUAUUGAGCUUACGGAGGCCAUCGAUUGGUAUUUUGUCUCUUUUUAGCAAUCUGUGAAAUCUUACAAAAGAAAGAGACGAGUAUAACCGCUGAAUAUUCUAGUUGGCUCGGUAUGUAUGUGGUAUGAUGAUUGUCUAUCUAUACUAUUCAAUGAUCAUUAUUACUACAUUCCGUUUAAGUAUUUAAAGAAAGGUAAACAAUCUUGACAUAGUUUUAUUGAAAUAUUCACUUUAAAAUAAAAAGCCGAUUGUAUACUCCAUAAAUUGCAAGCUGAAAACUAACAUUUUGACCAAUAUAAUCGUGUGGGAUAUCAAAAUGAAGUGCUUUUUAAAGUGAUCGCAUAAAAAUAUUUACAACUUUUUCCUCAUAAAAUUGUUAAAGCAUAUGUACAGCCAUGAACACAUCAACCUACCCAAAUAAAUUGCAAACUCGCAGUUAUUACCGUUCAUUCGUUCGCAGGUUCAUGCAGGGUAACUUGAUGUGCUGUUGACUGUACUUCAAGCUGAAGUAUGUUUUGUCUAAUUCUGUCAAUGUCAAAGUGCGAUGGUGACAAAACAUUUUUUAGCUUUACUCAUUCACUUUUUUAUUUUAAUAAGUUUUAUGUUUCCUUAUAAACUGAUUUUUUUUUUAAAUUUGAAAUAGGGUUAUUCGUUAGGAAUAUUUGGCGAUUAAUGUGGCACUUUUCACGAAUAUUUUUAGAUUACAAAGUUAGAUUUAUUUUUUAUAUGUAAUUGUUAUUUACUCGUGAAAAAAUGGCAAUGUUUUAAAAUAAAAUUCAUUAAUUCAAUAAAUUCGAUGCAUUAUUCCAGUAUUAUUGUCAAAGCACAAAAUAUUAUUUUAUUCUAAUUUAGAUAAUUGUUAUUAAGAAAGUAUUAAAAUAUAUUGUUGUACUGAAAAUUGCACUGGUGCUGUAGUAAAUAUAAUAUUAAUACAUGUAAAUAAAGAAAUUGUAAAAAUGUACAUAAAAUUGUAGAAUCUCCAUUUAUUUAAUUUGAAUGUAUUUGUAGUCCAUUAAUGUUAUAUUUGUUUUAAAUACGACUUUUUGUUGGUUUAAUUUUUUUUAAAUUGAUGUAUUUUUUUUGUUAUAUUGUUUUCUUAUGGUCCACGCCAACGUUUCCAUGUAAUGGUUUUAUAUUACCGACUUUUUGUGUUUGUUAGUCCUUUUUUAAAAUUAAAUAAUACUAAAAUAUGUUGUUUUUGAGUUUUUGGUUAAAAAAAUUGACGAUGUCCUAUUUUUAAUAUGAAAAUUUUAAUACCUAUAUGAAAGUAAAGAGUUUUCACUAAAUUGUAUAUAAAUGUUUAUACCAAAUUCGAGAAAUAAUAUAUUUUAGCGUACGUUAAAAUGACCUCUAUGUCACCGUGAUAGCGUCGAGUUUGCAAUGUAUUUCGGUAGGUUGAUGUGCAGAUAAUAGACAUUAUUAAAAAUGGGAUGCUGUCAUUGUAACACAUGCAAUAUUAAUGGGCUUUAAAUAUUGACUUGCCAUUUCGUGUACCUUGUGUUUAUUGAUAUCACAAAUAGGUUUAACCUGUGUAUUCCGUAGGGAAAAGAUUUUAUUUUUGGGUUGUUUUAUUUGGUAAUUGUAACCUGAGCAAUAAAGGUUUUUAAAUUAAA